AUGGCUGAAUCAGAAAUACAUCAACCUCGCCGGUUAUCGGCUGAUAAGCAGAUCAUCUCGAAGUCUGAGAUUCCUUUGAAAGAACGCUUCUUUCGAUAUUUCCAGCAUGAAAUUACAGCUCUCCAAGAGAAGAUGGAUCAUCUUGCAGAAACGUCCCUUGUAGGUGGUGAGCGUGCCGAUGCAACAGACCACUGUCUUGCUGGUAUCGUACGGCUCUCAAACGAGGUUAAAGAUGCUGCAAGUUAUAUUCCUACCUAUGACCAACGAGUUUACGCAGAGGCAAUCAAGGCUCUACAGGAUAAGUUGAAUGAAGUCCGUGCAACAUUUGCGCCGCGUUCAAAAUUCAGCUUCAAGACAAAGAAAAACCUGUCUGCAAUCUCCAUAUCUGAUGCAGUCACAUUGGCUGCCGAGAGUCGUCAUAGUGUCCCCGGAUAUCGCUCUCCAGGAGGAUCGUCGGUUGCUUCAUCCGCCAUAAUGACUCCACUAUAUCCGUCUACUCCUUUGAACGAACCAGAAAAGCCAACUACACAGGAGAAACCAGAGGUUGCACCCACAUCCAUCCCAGCAAUUCUGGCUGCCCAGCCGGAUAUGAAGUCCCCUCCAAAAUUUCCUGGUAGCAGCAUAUCUUCUGUGUCGGUGGAUAACCACUAUGGUCGCCAUAUCAUGGUACCAGGCUCUGUCUCGGCAUCCACUGUCCCUGCAUCAAUUACUUCGCUGCACCACUGCAUUGUAGAUAUGUCAAACCAUUCUGUCAACGGAAAUCCCUAUACCAGUCUAACUAUCAACGGUGUCGAUGAGAGUCUGCUGAUAUGCGGCCAGAUAAAUGGCCCAGCUCACAUAACCGGAGUUGAAAACAGUGUCAUUGUAGUUUCAUGUCGCCAGUUCCGAAUGCACGACUGCAAAAAUGUGGACAUCUAUCUCAGCUGCUCGAGCAAUCCCAUCAUUGAAGCCUGCUCCAAUGUCCGCUUUGGCCGGAUACCAAAAGCCUAUGCUUUGGAUCACGAUCGUCCCGAUCACCAAGACCAUUGGAGCCAAAUUGAGGACUUUAAAUGGAUCAAGACUGAGCCUAGUCCAAACUGGAGCUUGUUAGAUCCCAGCGAUGCCGUUUCAGAAGAAGUUUGGUCGGAGAUCGUUCCCGGCGGGCCGGGCUGGUCACUCGAUGAUAUCCUCCAUGCUAUAAAGCUUGCAAAGAGUUGA